AUGGCUUUCGCGGGUCUCAAGAAGCAAAUCAACAAAGCAAAUCAGUAUGUCACGGAGAAAAUGGGAGGGGCUGAAGGCACAAAAUUGGAUUUGGACUUCGUGGAAAUGGAAAGAAAAACGGACGUAACAUGCGAGCUGGUAGAGGAGCUACAGGCGAAAACGAAAGAAUUUCUCCAGCCAAAUCCCACGGCCAGAGCGAAGAUGGCAGCUGUUAAAGGAAUUAGUAAACUUAGCGGACAAGCUAAAAGCAAUACCUAUCCACAACCCGAAGGCGUGCUGGCCGAUUGUAUGCUUCUCUAUGGAAAGAAACUUGGAGAAGAUAGCAUCUUCUCACAAUGCCUGAUUGAGAUGGGUGAGGCGUUAAAGCAAAUGGCAGAUGUAAAAUAUUCUCUAGACGAUAAUAUCAAGCAAAGCUUCCUGGAACCCCUGCACCAUUUACAGACCAAAGAUCUUAAAGAAGUUAUGCACCACCGAAAGAAACUGCAGGGGCGCAGACUGGACUUUGAUUGCAAACGGCGUAGACAAGCCAAAGGUGCUCACAUUCCAGACGAGGAGAUUCGACAGGCGGAGGAGAAGUUCGCCGAGUCGCUGCAGCUUGCUCAGAUCGGCAUGUUCAACCUUCUCGAUAACGAUGUGGAACAAGUGGCACAACUUACUUUCUUCGCGGAAGGCCUCUUUGAGUAUCACCAGCAGUGCACGGAGAUCCUCAAGGGACUCGUCUCCACUCUCAUGGAAAAGAAAGAGGAAGCAGUGAACCGUCCGAAGUUGGAGUUCGUACCGAAGACGUUAGCCGACCUCCACAUCGAAGGCGUACACGAUUUGCACAAUGGUAGGCGGUACGGUUCCACACAGAGUCUGUCCCGCCCCCGAAACCACAUCCCUCCCUCCUCGUCCGUUGGUGACCUUAGUGUGGACCCUCUAAGUGCCUGGGAAGAUCCCAGGUCCCUAUCCCGAUCGGACCCCAAGCCUAUGUCUCGAGUAGACCAUAGACCCGCACCUGGUUUCAGGCCGCACCCGGCGCCAAGACAAUACAACGGCAGAGAUCCGUGGACAGCGUCGCCUUUGCCGUCGCCGGUUAAGUCACCCGCGCGAACACCGAUGGCGCCUACAAAGACCCCUUGCUGCACAGCUUUAUAUGACUUCGAACCAGAAAACCAAGGCGAACUGGGAUUCAAGGAAAACGAUGUGAUCACUCUGAUAAACAAAGUGGACGAGAACUGGUUCGAGGGCUCCAUCAACGGCAAAACCGGCUACUUUCCCAUCAGUUACGUGCAGGUCACUGUACCACUGCCAAACAUGUAA